AUGUCGAAUUUCAUUUCGAAACCGCUGGCGAAGAACCUCUACAGUCGCCGCUCUCCAGUGGAUGUGUCCGUCGCAGGCAUCGGAUCAUCCACGCAGAAAAUCAGUAGUGCCAUUACUGCCACCAUCGAGUCGGGAGAUCGAACGAUCUCGAUAAAACUGCAGUUUUUGGUACUGAAGCAGCUGUCGUCAGAUCUGCCAACAAUGCCGAUAGAUAUCUCGGCAUGGAAGUUGCCCAACGUGCAGCUAGCAGAUCCGCAGUUCAGUGUCCCCGGAAGUGUUGACCCCGUCAUCGGUAGUGAAACCUACUGGAAACUCCACACGGGACGGAAGAUUUCUCUGGGUGAAGGUCUUCCGUGGGUAGUCGAAACUCCAUUUGGUUGGGCGGUCACUGGUCCCGCCUCUCGCUCGGCUACCUGCAUUCCACGUCUCUGCUACCUCUCUACAGCUGAUGAUCGACUGAAAGCCGCUCUACAUAAACUCUGGGACAUGGAAACAACUCCAUCGACUCCAGUUCGAUCGUCCGAAGAAAACCGCCUUGAAGAGCUGUACGCUGCAACGACGACGCGUGAUACGACAGGAAGGUAUAUCGUUAGACUCCCAAGAACCGAAGAACGACGCUGGGUUUCGAACGCUCAGGAAGAGCUGAAGGAUGAUCCACCGGAAGAUCUGGUUAUCCAACCAUUCACGGCGUGCAAGAUGAGCAGGCGAUCCCCACGCUCGGUCUUCUUUUGGAUCCGAAGGCCAUCAACUUCCGAGUCAAGCUAG